AGCGGUCCGUUGGUAUUAUGAUCCGGGGGGAAACAACUGGUCGUGGGAUCAUUCCACUUAUUUAGCUACGGAAGCAGUCGUGGAUGCCUGAGUGUUGUCCGGUCUCCGUCGUGUGUCUAGUAUGGCUCACAGUGCCAGGAGAGACUCCCCGGAGCUCCCCGACUUCUCCAUCCUCAAGAGGCUGGCCAGAGAUCAGCUCAUCUACCUGCUGGAACAGGUAGGAACACGUCACAGCUCCUGCCGAAGACAUACGCAUCAACUCAUCAAACAUCCUGAGCAGCGUCCGGAGCAGGGGAUCUUUGGCGAUGUGUCCAUAGACGAGUGGCCUUUCUACCUGCUUCCUCUUGAUGAUGACAUCAUCAGUCUGGAGCUGCCAGAAUUCUUUCAAGACAACUUCCUGGCUGGAGACCAGCGCUGGGUGAGGACCGCCGGCAGUGCUCUCCACCUCCUGUACUCCCUGUACGGCCCAUUCUCAAAGGUCUACGGGAUUGGGCGCUGCUCAAAGAUGGCGUACGAGUCGUGGAGGGAGCAGGUCGAAGAGGGAGAACAAAAAGCUCGUCAGGCUGAAAUUGGGAAUGUUUUCCUUAUUGACAGAGAUGUGGACUUUGUUACUCCUCUGUGCUCACAAGUUGUCUACGAAGGACUUGUUGAUGACAUCUUUAGAAUCAAAUGUGGAUGUGUGGAGUUUGGACCUGAUGUUACCGCCUCUGACAAAAGUGUGAAAGUGAUGCUGAACUCUCAGGAUAAGGUGUUCAGUGAAAUCAGAAAUGAGCAUUUCUCCAACGUCUUUGGUUUUCUCAGUCAGAAAGCCAGGAAUCUGCAGACUGCAUAUGACAAACGUCGGGGGAUGGACAUAAAGCAGAUGAAGACGUUUGUGUCAGAGGAGCUGAAAGGGUUGAAGCAGGAACAUCGACUGCUGACCCUGCACAUUGGUGCCAGCGAGUCGAUAAUGAAGAAGAAAACAAAGCAGGACUUUCAGGAGCUGCUGAAGACAGAACACUGUAAGAAUCCUCCGCUCUGCUCUUUGUUCCAAUCGCGAUGUGUGGAGUUUGGACCUGAUGUUACCGCCUCUGACAAAAGUGUGAAAGUGAUGCUGAACUCUCAGGAUAAGGUGUUCAGUGAAAUCAGAAAUGAGCAUUUCUCCAACGUCUUUGGUUUUCUCAGUCAGAAAGCCAGGAAUCUGCAGACUGCAUAUGACAGCUAUGGAGUGGAUCACCUGCUCACAUUUUCCAACCUGAGGCAGCUUGGGCUGCUGGUCGAGCAGCAGCCGGGAGAGACGCUCACUGUAAUGGAGAGCAAAGUGGGCAAACUGGUUAAUGAUAAAACUGCAGGAAAACUGACAGAUGCCUUUUCCUCUCUGGCAAAGAAGAGCAAUUUCAGAGCCUUGAGCAGAAAACUUAACUUGGUGCCAAAGGCGGAUGAAGAAUAUGACCUGCGUGUCCCUCGAGACAUGGCUUAUAUCUUCAGUGGUGCCUACAUCCCUCUGAGCUGCAAACUCAUCGAACAAGUGCUGGAGCGAGACGGUUGGACGGGACUUGAAGAAGUCACCAGGCUGCUAAAUGGGCAUGAAUUUGCAGUUACAGGGAGCAGCGGCGUGGAUUCAAGGGGAAAGAACGACACUCAGCGUAUCAUACUGGUCAUGUUUCUUGGUGGAUGCACCUACUCUGAGAUUUCAGCCCUUCGGUUCCUCGGCAGAGAGAAAGGUUAUAAAUUCAUUGUGGUUACAACUGCAAUUACAAACAGUUCCAGACUCCUGGAGGCUUUGCUGGACAACCACGUAUGAAGCCUGGCAGCACAUCAUUAUGGACAGAACUGCUAAGGAGCCGCUAUGCAUUCCUCCAACACUGGCAUUAAAGAUAAAGAAAUGCUUCAUUCUGGUCUGUUUCUGGUGACGCGAGAACUGUAAAGUUGUGUAAAGUGAAUAAACGUUUCUUAACA